AAACCAAUAAUGACAUCGCCUCCGUUCUACAUCCCGUUUGCUCACUGGGACUCAACCCCGUUUCAACCUCCACACGCUUCAAUUACCGCUUCGAAAUUCCUCACAGGAUGGCUUGUUUUAGGUUUGGCCGACGGCGAGCUCCUAAUCCUCUCCACUGCUACCCAUAAUCCCAUCCCGCGAGCUCGCCUCUGUGGCCACAAAGCUCCGGUGGUAGCAUUGGAACCCCUCCUCGCCCGUACAGAAACAACUGAGCAAGAGUUAUUACUCUCCCUGGACUCUGCGGGGGCACUGUGUAAAUGGUCUCUAGCAGACGGUCGAUGUAUACAGAAUGUCUAUCCGACAAUCUCGUCCAAGCCGCGGGGGCUACGGAUUGUUAAGAAGCAAAAAGCUGACGCUAAAGAUCCGGUUGUGAUGAUCUAUGGGGCCAGCACUGAGAUUCUAGUUCUUAACGCGGAAACCCUAGAGACGGUGCUCUUGUGGACAGGGAAUCUAGAUUGGCCCCUCCCGGUUGUCAGCGGCAGGAGCAGGGUAAUGACUUUAUUACCUGACGGACAAAUCCAAGGAUGGGGCUUGAAUAGUCGGGGCUUAGGGGAAGGUGGAAGAGGAAGAUUGGCGUUGGCAAUGGAAAAGGAUCAUACCAAACAGCUCUCGGUGGAGAUCAAGGCGGACAUGGGCAGGAUCAAAGGCUUUGAAAGAGUUUCUGAAAAGGGUUAUGUGAUAAUCCAGAGGACCAGUGUUAGCUCCUAUGUGCUUGAGGAUGCGAAAUUCACACUUAAAGAAAUCAUGCCGGUGGACUUGGAAAUCGGUGUCGCUGGAUACCAAAUAGUUCCUAAGAAAGGGAUUAGGAAGGCCUUGGUUAUAGCCUGGUCAGAGGAUGGCCAAAUCAGAGUCUUUGAACUGGAUGAAAACACUACCUUUGGCCACAGCGGAAAGCUGUCAUUGAACCCUGUACGCGGCAAAAGCACAGUCAUUUCGAUAGCAUGUACAAGACAAGAAGACAAAUGCCUUAUUGCAGCAUUUAGUCACCUCGGGGGGUCGGAUUCGGGGUGGGAAAGAGCUCAUGGGGGUUUUCUAAUGGGUGUAUUCUCAGUUGGUUCCGCUGGAGUGGAUAUAGAAUGGGUGGAGAAAACAGAAGGUGUGCUUCUUCAAAUGUCCAUACAGUAAUAAAACUAUCUGAAACAAUAACUAAUGAAAAUUUGCAAACCCAUUAGCCCUCACCUCGCUUUCCUUGCUCCAAGAUGAUAUCGCAUCGUCCUGCUCGGCUAUAUUUGCCAAUAUGCUGGCGAUCGCUUAUGGGUCUAGCCUUCGCUUUCACUCGUUGUCCUCGUUUUUACUCUCUUACCAUGAGCCGAUUAAGGAGAUACGUAUACCUACGACUGCUCGUACCUGCCUUCUUAAAAGGGUGAGGAUUGGCGAACACGUUGCAUAUGGUAAGGAUGCAGGAAUAAAGGGUGGGAAAGAGUAUCUUAUCGUUGGAACCACCAAUGGAGAGUUGUUCAUUAUUGAGGCACCGUAAGUCCUAGCCCUUCCCCCUCAAUCAAACACCCUCCACUAACAUAGCCAUGCGUGACAGUGCAUUCCAACUAUCGAAAAGGCUCCCAAUAUCAUCUACAGCAGUGUGCUCCGCCAAUCUUCUCCUGUCAAACUUGGGUAGGAGACUACGCUUUGCUCUCAUCGCUUCCUCAGCAGAUGGAACCGCUUCUAUAGUAGAUGUAGAACGCGCUCGCAUAAUGGUCACUUUCCCGAGCCACGAUUACUCUCCCCUUGUUUCAUACGCCACCAAGACCGCGCAGAACGUAAUCCUUCUAACCUACGAGGAUUACGUACGUCGGGAGUGGAAUCUGGGUGAGGAGGAUGGAGGCGUGCUUAAAGCCCCUCCAUCCUCUCGCGGAGGCGAUAGAGAUAGAGGCUCUCUAGGCACAUAUGAGAGAGACCUCACAGGGGAGGGGUGGCGAGAGGUUCGUGUGGGCAAAUUUGAACUCGUGGAUGAAGACAGAGAAGGUGAGGGGGAUGACGCAAAUGGGGAUGGCACUAUCAAGAAUUGCGAGAGGUUAUGCGAGAGGGGACUUCCGACCGCCUCUGUCAAUGUCCGGGCUGUUCUGGAUGUAUUAAGUCACGCAACAAGGAUAGCUAAAGAACGAACACGGGCUAGUGAAAGGAGAGUCGUGGGAAGUCAUCCUGCCCUCAUUGCUGCCAAGUCAUUACUUACUUCCCUCGUCCCUGGCGGGAUAGAGGAGCUAUUGGGCCGGGAAGAAGAAGGUGGCUGCGAAUGGCGAACCUUGGUUCAAUCAUUAUUCUUCCGGAGGAAGAAACCGGCGAUGGUCGGGCAGAUGGGCGCUGGGAAGAAUGUAUCCAUACUGGCGAAGGAAACCUUCAGCGAAACUGAGGAUGGGAUAUCGGGUAUCAGUCCUACCGUUUCCGCAUGCAUAUUGUUGGCCGCCUUGUCCACUGUCGGCGGAUUACUGGAAGCUGGCGGGAAUGGCGAAUUCUUCGAUAAUGUCAUUGGAAGGGCGUUGGGUCGGUUGGCCAUCGCGAAGGACGAGCCAGCAUUGGGAGUGUUCGCUAAGUACUGGAUGGACGAAAAUCGUAUUUCUAAACUUCUGUGGCCUCAUGAGAGCUUAAUCGGCUGACAGGAUUGUGUAGCGGUAGUACGGGCAACCGCAAGGAGAUGUCUUAGUAUUGCUAUAGGCACCCUAUCAGAGGAGAGGCGAACGAACACAAUAACCUACUGGGCACGUUUCUGUAAGAACCCGCUGUCGUAUGGGGUCCAGCCCUAGCUAACCUUGAGUCAGUACCCGUGCAGGUUCCACCAGAAUUGUUUUCAUCGAAAGAAGUAGUUCGAUCUGUUAUUAUUCUUGGGCAAUUAAUCACAGGUCACCCCGAUAGUGUUGAGCAAGGGUAUAACAACAUUCAUGAUAUCCCCCCGCAUACCAGAAGAGCACAUCUCCUAAUUGUGAUCUAGAUUGAAGAAAUGCAUUGCGCUGUCAGUUGAACUGCUCCUAGGAGAUAGCAACCACUCGUUCCAGGACACAGCCAUAGAGCUGGUGGGGCAUGGUUGGACAGCUUUUCAAUCCCUCUUCGACCCCUUUGAAGUAAUUCAUAUCUUGAUCCGCAUAGCCGCCUCGACAAUGGACGACUUCUCCGAAGCCCGGCGAAAGACUCUCAACAAAUGUAUACUCGAGAUUGCCGAAAAAAACUCCCCUCUUCUGGGAUCUGGUCUAGCUAAUAAUAUUUCGUACGGCUCAUCCUCUUCCCAACCCACCGCGUUAGCUGCGGUAUCGCUCUCGACAGCACUGGGUGUCUCUGUUGCCGCAAUGAGAACCGUGAUCAUGAUAGUCCGCGAGGACGCAAUAUUGUUCCGGGACGUACUAAGUUUGAUAAUCGCUGCCGUCGUCAAGAUAUCAGACCCAAACGGGGGUUUAAGAGAAAAAGUCAUGCCAACGAUAACGGAAUUGAUCAACGAGAUGGUGGAAGCGUGCGUAAUUCCUGGACCUUUUACCAAGCCCUACUGACCCGGAUAUUUAGAUAUCCAACCAUUGCCUUCCACCGCCCGACACAACGGCUCGCACUGUCAAUCUCCCCGGGGAUAAUAAUGAUAUACGAUCUCAAGACCUCCACAGAAGUCAAUGCUCUGCAAGGUCACCAUAGCCUCGCGAACUUCCUCGCAUUCUCAAUCGACGGCAAAUUUCUAGUAGCAGUAGACCUUGAGGAGAACAUGUUCUUUGCUUGGAAGUUCGUGACCGGGCUCCUUAGCUUCAUUGGUGGCGGGAACGAUGGAGCCCCAGCCACAUUACUGCCAAAAAGGAAAGAAUCCUUUGCCAAUGAGCAGAAUGUUGGGAUUGUCGAAAUUGAGGUGUGCAUGACCGUGUCGUGCUCGGGUGAUUGAACCGAUAGCUGACAAAGAAUAGUGGAUCGGAGAACGAAGUGUAAAAGUAACAGCCGGCAGUCAAAGCACGGUCUUCCAAAAUGUAGAUUCCAUGCAGGGGAGCAGUUGGAACAUUUUGUAGCUCAUCCAUAUAAAUACCGGUACCAUAGCAGAGGAUGCCAAUCACACCACUACCGUAGCAUGAUAGUAAUCUCUCGACGUGAGUUGUCCCGGAGAGGGGGAGGAAAAAGAAUCACCCCAACUUGCACAGUGCAAACAUUGUUUUUGCCCUCGUCGGUGGAAUUACCGUGCGAGCAUAAUAACGUACCGAUACUGGUGCUUUCCCGGACCCGAACAGAGGCGGAAUGAGAGACCCAGAGUC